AUGAAGUCAUUUUGUGUUUGGCUCUGGAUCUUUCUGUCAGGAUUUGCAAUUACUAUCACCAAAGAGAUUAAUAUACAUGGACACAGUGGAAAAUAUGUCGUAAUUACAUGUUCCCAUAAAUGGGCAUUAAAAAACAGCAAGUAUUUCUGCAGAGAACCAUGCAUUAAAACUGGUGUUCUGGUCUCAUCUGAUCAGUCACUUAGUGGAAGAUACAGACUGCAGGAUUUUGGAAAUGGCACCUUCACCGUGAACAUCAUUGAUCUACAGGAGUCAGACUCUGGCAUUUACUGGUGUGGAGUGAAGAGAGCUGUAACAGACACAUAUAACACAAUCAGACUGACAGUAUCUAAAGAUUCAAGUGAAAGCAUCACCAUUUCCACACAACCAUACAAAGAAACACAAACAUCCCUGGAUUCGCACACAACUACACCAGCAGCACAUUCAGGAUCUGCAUCUACCACAGCAAGCCUAACCUCCAGAGAUUCAAGUCCCGAUGCCCUCAAACUCUCAACCUUAGUAACAGAACAGCACAGAAAUGAAAUCUACUGA